AUGGCCAAUCGGAAACGAAAAGCCGACGAGGACGGCGAUGGGGAUGAGAACAUGUCAACCUUAAAUUCUCCUGCCGCCCAUCCUCGCAGCAUCGCUCGGCCCUCGAAAAAAGUACGAUCAAACGACAUAACUGGCCGCCCACUCACCUUGUCUCGACUCCUGGAAACUCUCGAUACCGACCAGCUUCGCACCGUCCUCGAAAGAAUUUGCGAGUCGCACCCCCUAAUCGGCCACGAAGUCGUCACGCAGGCCCCUCGACCCUCUGUUGAUGCUGCUCUCGCAGUUCUGCGUCGAUACCAGGACAAGCUCACUGCCGCCAUCCCCUACGGAAACAGCAGCGCCGAAUACACGUACUGUCGUGUCAAGGAGCCUCUCAUCGCCCUCACCGAUGCCGUCGCCGACUUCACGCCUCAGUUUUUGCCCCCUACCGAAACACAACCGACCAAGUCCCUGGAGUUCCUCGAUCAGGUCACGAAGCUGAUUCACGCACUACCCGACUGGGAGCCUCAAGCUUACCGUCACCACAAGAACGGUGCGUACGACGACAUUUCCAGGGCAUGGGCCCUCGUCAUCAGCGAAGCUGGCAAGCGAGCUGGUGGCUUCAAUCUCCACUCCGAUGGCUGGGACCAGGCUCUUAACAGACACAACGACCAGUCCAGGGGUCGUUUGGCUGGAGCCAUUUCCGCCAUGGCAAGCAGCGUCGGAUGGAUGGGUACCGGUCCGAACCAAAGCUCAAACGACCAAAACUCCAUCCUCAACCAGCUCAUGUCUGGCUCUUAUGGUUCACCUGUGCGGGUCGGGCCAUGGCCAGGCGAACAGCACAAGCCAUGGACCAACCCAUACGAAGAAAAGAAGCCGCGAAUUUCGGAAUGGACCGCUAAAGACAUUGCCACCAUAUCGCUCCGCCUUGACAAACAGCUCGGCCCUGAAUACAUUUCCUCGCGCGCGGGCCCCGGCGGCUCGCGCGUGCACUACCUGACCGCCGACAAGUGCAUCAGCCUCGCCAACGAAAUUUUUGGCUUCAACGGCUGGUCCUCGUCGAUCCAGAACAUCCAGGUCGACUUUGCCGACGAGAACGCGCAGACGCAGCGCGUCAGCAUCGGCCUGAGCGUCAUCGUGCGCAUCACGCUACGGGACGGCACGUACCACGAGGACAUUGGCUACGGCUCCAUUGAGAAUGCACGCGGCAAGGCCAUGGCGUUUGAAAAGGCCAAGAAGGAGGGCACCACGGAUGCGCUGAAGCGCACCCUGCGCAGCUUCGGCAACGUCCUGGGCAACUGCAUCUACGACCAGGAAUUUGUAAAACAGGUGACCAAAAUUAAAGCGCAGCCGGUCAAGAAGUUUGACGAGGACAAUUUGCAUCGGCAUGCGGGUUUUGUGAGGAAAGAUGUGCCGGUCGCACAGGUGGUACCGGCAGCGCCGACGGAUGCCUCCGAGGCGGGGUCGGGCUCGUCCUUUGCGUCAGCGGCAGCGGCAGCCAAAGUAGAAGCUUCGGAGUCAUUUGAAGACUUCCUCGGCGAUUUCGACGAGGCAGACUUUUGCGUGUCCGAGGAGGGCCAUCCUGAUGAGGUAGUAGUACCAGUCCCAGCUGUCGCUAAAGGCCCGCAGACAAGACAACAGCAAGAUCAGCGGCAAGCCAGCAAACCUGUACAGCAGCGCAAUCACCGCCCACAGCCACCUCAGACCCCCAACGCCCAACAUCAAAGACAAACAGCAGGCAAUGGCACUUCUAUAGCGCCUCCAGCUCCGCCAGCUGGUGAGCCAGUCGCCGCAUUCUUCUCGGCACGUGCUGUUGCCACGGAUGCGAACCAGACGUCCGCCAUCGUACCCAAUAAGCAACAGUUUUUCAAUCCAAAGGCAGAGAGCCCCUCGAUACGAAAGACGCCGGGCAUCGACCACUCGUCCUCGAAACCGCUAUCACGGACCGGACAGCAUGUGCCGCCGCCGAGCCAAGCCGAAGAUCCGUCUGCCGCCACGCCUAGUCGGCCGGCGGCGGCAGGGAGACCUCACGGGGCCGGUGGACCGUCCGCCGCGGGCGGUUUCGCCCCCAAAGGACACGUCGUCAACCCGAGCCUGGACCAGGCGCGCAGGAUCGGGGCGCCAGGAGGUCCUGCGAGCCCACUGGCCAACAGGAACUCGUAUAAACCCCCCACUAUGAAACGGCCGCUGGGCCAGGACGGUAACGCACCGCGCGUGCCGCUGAGUGAUAUCCCUUCCAACGGACCCGUGGUGGCCGGGGCCGAUGGCCUCGAUACGAAGCGACAAAGGAUGGCAUAA